AUGAAUCUGGAAUCGAUUGUUGAGCCGAGGAAGGGAUCCCAAAGCAUGCUGAUUGAUAUACUAAGCUGUAUUUUCCCUGAAGCAGGUAGUGGCAGAUUUCUUAUGUGGCUUGCAAAAAGAAAUCUGGAUUCGAAGAAUUAUUUGGGACUUGAAAUACGGAAGAAAUUGGUCAAACGUGCUGAGCACUGGGUAAAUGAGUUGGCAUUAAGAAAUAUACAUUUCAUGUUUGCAAAUGCAACGGUUUCUUUCAAACAACUCAUAUCGACAUACCCCGGACCCUUGAUGUUAGUUUCCAUCCUGUGUCCAGACCCUCAUUUCAAGAAAAAGUAUCAUAAAAGAAGGGUUUUGCAGAAGCCUUUAGUGGAGUCUAUUGUAGAUAGUUUAAUGCCUCGAGGACAGGCAUUUAUACAAUCUGAUGUGCUUGAAGUGGCACUUGACAUGAGGGAAAAGUUUGAUGCUGUUUCAGAUGAGCUUAUGCACAUUGACAAAAUUGACACCAACAUGCUUUGUGAAAUGCCCUCAAAAAAAUACAUAAAACCCAUUACUUUAAAUAUGCAUUGA